UGAUCAGCAUUUUCCUCACCGACAACCUAAAGGCAGCAAUGAGUCUCUCCGACAAAGACAAGGCCGAGGUGAAGGCUCUCUGGGCCAAAGCCGAAGGGAAGAGCAACGAAAUAGGCGCUGAAGCUUUGGGCAGGAUGCUUGUUUCCUACCCACAAACGAAGACCUACUUCGCACACUGGGGAGAUCUGAGGCCUCAAUCUGCCAAAGUGAAGAAGCAUGGUGCCACUAUCAUGGCAGCUUUGGGAAAAGCUGUCAAAGGCAUCGAUGAUCUCACUGGUACUUUGAGCGCCCUCAGUGAACUUCAUGCCUUCACGCUCCGGGUGGAUCCUGCCAACUUUAAGAUCCUGGGGCACAACAUCAUCUUGGUCUUGGCCAUGUUCUUCCCUGCAGAUUUCACUCCUGAGGUUCACGUUUCCGUGGAAAAGUUUCUGCAGAACGUGGCCUGGGCCCUGUCUGAGAAGUACCGCUAAAGUCCCUCCAGCCAGAGGCACUGAUUUGGAGCAAGGAGCCAUGUGGAGACAUGUUCAAUAAAACAAUACAUCUGAUGAUGUUCAACUCGUAUUUUCUUCUCUUCUGUUAUCAUUAUUUAUCAUUUUUUUCUUCCUAAAGUAAAAUAGGUUGGGUCCAGAAGUGUGCUCCAAUGUUCAAGGUACAGACUUUGUUGGAAAAUGACUAUGAUCAUUACGAAUGAUGAUAAAAACACCUUUAAGAUUUUGUCAGAAAAAAACUUCAUCAAUACUGCUUCCUCUUCACAAUGCAACCAAUAAUACACAAGGAAAAAUAACAAUAAUAAAUACAUGAAAGUUUAUUCAGCGUUUUCAAACUCUGCUCUUCAGUGUUCACAAAGAAAAAGCCUAAUUAUUGUUUGAAUAAUGAGUAAGUAAUUAAAAAAUAUGCAGAUAUUUUUAAUUACUUACUUUUUCAUUCAUUUUUUGUAUUAAAAAUGUUAAUUAUUAAAGUAUUAAAAAGACCAGCAGUAUCAAUAGUUGUAAGACUGGGAAUAAUUUAAACUUGGAACAUAUUUUCUGUGGUAAUUUCUCAUGUGCUUCGUUACACAUGAACCAGCUUCUUUAGUUGUUAAACUUUAAAUCCUUCUAGCAGUAUAAGAUCCUGUGUUUAUACAGGACAAAAGAUUGAGAAUCAAUCUAUAUUUUCCUGUAUCUAUUUUAAAAUUGCAGACAGAGAAAAAUAUCCCCACCUAGUCAUGCUGGCAUUUUGAUUUAUUAUUAUUAAAUUAAUGCGUGAUUGCAGCGGGUGUCUGUGGGCAAAUUUCCAUCAUUGUUUGAUUUCAGUCAGUAACAGCUCACAUCAGGCAGUAAAGCUUUAAGGACUAUUGUCUGAUGGUUCUGCUUUUAUUUUUGCAAGAAAAUCAACUUAAUCUGUCUUUUUUCUUUUGUGUUUCCUUUCUGAUCAUUGCUGAGUUGUUGUUAUUAUUUAGGGCUUUCCACAUUAAGUUCAGCUAUCUGUGUUGCUUCUUUUUGUUGUUAGUGUGUUUCCAUAGAGUUAAUUUCUUUAUGUUUAGUUAUUUUUUCUGGUGUCCUUUCCUCAAUGCAUUUUGGUUCAUUUUCUUAUGUCAGUUUCAGGCUUCUUUCCUUUUGGUUCAAAGUUUCCUUUGGGUCCAGAUCAGCUUCCUUUUUGUUAGUCAUUUUCCAGUCUCCUUGUUUUCCUCUCCUCUGCAGCUGUUCAUCAUUCCCCCUUUGAUUAUUUCCUAUGCCAAUCUCCACCCUUUCCUCUGUAUCAAAGCUCACUGGUUGCCAAUGUUCAUUAUUGGUUCCUUCUGUUUUGCUGCCUGUGCUCCAUCUUCUUUUCUUCGUGCCCAUCUGUAAGAUUUUCCAUUAUCUUACUGUUCAAGUUUCUACCAUGCGGAUCACUAGCUCUUGCCUGCAUUUUGAUCCUACUUUACAAAGCAUGACAAAAUCUGCUAUUAAUUAAAUGCUUCAUGCAUCUUGAAUUGUUAGGUGAUGACUGUGCUUUCGAGGGUUUACUCUGUUGUAAAGUGUCUUACACCAUGCUGUGGCUUUGGCUCUGACAUACUGUCACAGUCCUCUUAACUCUGUCCAGUGAAUUUGGUUAGGAACUGGGUACAACAGUCAGUUUCAUAACCGGGGUUACACAUUUGGUGCUUAAUACGUGUAAACUUAGUUUAUCUGUCCUUUUCUGCUUAUAAAUUAAUAAACACUUCUCAACUA